AUGGCUUAUUUCCCUGAAGCUGCGUAUUGGUCUGAAGAUCCUUCUCUCCUCACCUCGUCCGAGGAUGAGGAGAGCGACAGCCUUUACAGAAUCACCCACCACGCUAAGACCAAGCGGCAAGGGAAUGCUCAACAGAGCAACAAGGACUCCUGGACUUGGGAGGAGAUCCUGGACGGUAGAGGACCUUGGGCUCAGCCAGGGGAAUAUCGCCGUCCCAAGGAGGAGUUGGAAGCAGCGAAGGCUGAGAGGCGCUGGUAUGAGGAGAACCGCUUCCACCUACAGAUGGCUACUCGGAUCCCCCCGUCGGGCCUGUCGGAGCUGCUGCUGGCCGUCCUCCAGCGGAGCGGCUGGCAGGAGGGCAUGGCCGUGCUGUGCCAGGGUUGGGAGGAGGAUGGCCUGCUGGAACUACUGGACCUCCAGAGCCACCUGGGCUGUGGCGCCACCCGUUGGCAACUCCGCGCCCUCCUCAACCUCACCCGUGCUGGCCCAGCAGAAUCCCAAAUCCAGGACUUCCUUUCAGAACACUUCCGGGGGCAGGGCCCAAGUCAGAUCCCACCGCCGGCCGCGGUGCUGCUGUUUGGGGGCGACCCAGAGUGUGCGGCGGCGGUGCUGCGGAGCGCCCAGGACUUGGGGUUGACGCUGCCCACGGUGCACUGGGUGCUGGGCUACCCACUGAGCCCCGAUGCCCUGCACUCCAUCGGCCUGCCCCUGGGUCUGCUGGCCUACGGUGAAGUGGAGCGCAAGCCGCUGGACUUCUACAUCCGCGACGCACUCCAGCUGGUAGGCCGGGCAGUGUCGGCUGCCACAGUGGUGCGCCCAGACCUGGCGCUCAUCCAGAACAUGGUCAACUGCUACGACAAACCCAACAAGCACGAGGUGCCCUCCUCCGGACAGUACCUUGCCAGGUUCCUCUCCAACACGUCGUUCUCAGGGCUGACGGGGCCGGUGUCGGUGCAGAGGAACCUAUCCCGAGUUCUCACCUCUCAGCGAUUCCACAUCUGGAGCUUGCAGCGGGACGCGGUGGGCCAGCCCACCUGGGUGACAGUGGGCAGCUGGGAGGGGGGCCGCCUGGAGGGGGGGCGGGGUGGGGGCCGGUGGCGAGCCGGCAGUCCUGUGGCAGGCAGCCGGGUGCGGGUAGUCACCCUAGUGGAGCACCCCUUCGUAUUCACGCGGGAGGUGGAUGAGGACGGGAACUGUCCGGCAGGACAGUACUGCCUGGACGCGGGGACAAACAGCUCAGACAUGCUGGAGCGCUACUUCAGUGAGCGUGCCACGGGCAACUCUACCUUCCUGCCCACGGACUAUGGCAAGUGUUGUUACGGAUACUGCAUAGACCUGCUGGAGAAAAUGUCAGAGGACAUGCGUUUCGAGUACGACCUGUACAUCGUGGGCGAUGGGAAGUACGGUGCAUCGAAAAGCGGCCGCUGGACUGGGCUAGUGGGUGACCUGCUCAAUGGCGUGGCCGACAUGGCCGUCACCUCAUUCAGCAUUAACUCAGUACGCAGCCGUGUCAUCGACUUCACGUCGCCCUUCUUCUCCACCUCGCUGGGCAUCCUGGUGCGCAGCAAGGACACGGCGGCGCCCAUCGGCGCCUUCAUGUGGCCCCUGCACUGGUCUAUGUGGGUGGGCAUCUUCGUGGCGCUGCAUAUCACCGCCCUCUUCCUCACCCUCUAUGAGUGGAAGAGCCCGUUUGGCAUGACGCCACACGGACGCAACCGCCUGCGCGUCUUCUCCUACUCGUCUGCGCUCAACCUGUGCUACGCCAUCCUGUUCGGCCGCACGGUCUCCAGCAAGACGCCCAAGUGCUGGACGGGUCGGUUUCUGAUGAACCUGUGGGCCAUCUUCUGCCUGCUGGUGCUGUCCAGCUACACAGCCAACCUGGCCGCCGUCAUGGUCGGCGAGAAGACCUUCGAGGAGCUCUCGGGGAUCCAUGACGCCAAGCUCCAUCACCCAUCCCAUGGUUUCAGGUUUGGCACAGUGAGGGAAAGCAGCGCUGAGGAGUACAUGAAGAAGAGUUUCCCAGAGAUGCACGAGUACAUGAGGCGCUACAAUGAGCCCACCACACCCGAUGGGGUGUCCACCCUCAAGGUAGAUCCCCCUCAGCUUGAUGCCUUCAUCAUGGACAAGGCCCUGCUGGACUACGAGGUGUCCAUCGACGCAGACUGCAAGCUGCUCACUGUGGGCAAGCCCUUCGCCAUCGAAGGCUAUGGAAUAGGCCUACCACAGAACUCCCCUCUAACCAACAACGUGUCAGAGUUCAUCAGUCGCUACAAGUCAGACGGCUACAUGGACAUGCUGCACGACAAGUGGUACAAGGUGGUGCCUUGUGGGAAGAGGGUGUUCGCCGUCACCGAGACUCUCCAGAUGGGCAUCCGUCACUUCUCAGGGCUGUUUGUGCUGCUGUGUGUGGGCGUGGCCACGUCACUGCUCACCCUGGCUGGGGAGCACGCCUUCUAUCACAUGGUGCUGCCACACAUCCGACGACGACAGAAGUACAAGUACUGGCUCCACACCAGCCAGAAAAUCCACAGAGCCCUGAACCAGACCUAUGACGAUGUGAAGAAGAAGCAGGGCGCCAACACAGAAAAAAGCUGCAACAGCCAGAAGAACCAGCACCCCCAGCCUCCCCCUUCCCCCGGCGCCUCGGCCAAGUGGAACGAGAGCAGCAGGGACUCCGCUGCUGCAGCUGCUAAGGACAAGCGAGUCCACUUUAACCUGGAGACCCUCAACAGCCGCCGCCUUCUAGCCCGGGCCGUGGCCGAGUCUGAAGGGGGGAGAGGGGGGUCGGCUGGAUGUGGCACUAACCCUAGGACCAACCCGGCCACACGGGUCUGUGCGAAUGGGGGCUUCGGGACUUCCUUUGCCAGCCUGGUGCUAUCCCUCCCCUCCUCUUCUUCAUCCAUCCCUUCUUCCUCCUCAGGCGUUCCUCUGAGGCCGGGAGAGCUGCAGGAGCUGCAGGAGAGGAUCGACCUGAUCCGGGAUCAGCUGAGGACGGCUCUGGCCAGGAGGGCUGAGCUGCAGACUUCCCUGGCCAAGGAAAAGGCUGCCUGCUCCGCCCCCAUAGUGACGGGAAUGACCUCUGUGGUUGUAGCUACUGCAGCCCUCCCCUCCACCCGCUGUGCCACCACCAUGACAGACCCUGUCCUCAAGUCCCUGCCCACAGUCCGCACCACUCCUGCCAUACACACCAAUGAGAAGAGCUGA